AAAAAAGGAAGAGAAGAAGGUGAAAGAAAUAGAUGGAGAAAGAGAGCCAAAACGGUGCGUAUGUUGGAAGAGGAGUUAUGACGGAGGAGCAAAUGGAGACUCUCCGUAAGCAGAUCGCCGUUUACGCCGUUAUCUGUGAACAGCUCGCUCUCCUCCACAACUCUCUCUCUUCUUUCCAUCCCCUCUCCUCAGGAAUGAAUCCAAACGGUGGUGGAUACUUUGAUCCUAUGGUGGCAUCAUCAAGCGUUCAUAGGGUAUCAACUCGGAACCGAUGGACUCCGACGUCGAUGCAGCUUCAAAUACUUGAGAGUAUUUACGAGGAAAGAAGUGGAACACCGAAUAGACGGAGGAUCAGAGAGAUUGCAACGGAACUGUCUGAACAUGGACAGAUAACGGAGACAAAUGUUUACAACUGGUUUCAGAACCGGCGGGCUCGGUCCAAACGUAAGCAACCUCAGACGAGGGCAACAGCGAAUGAUCAGGCUGAAGAUGCGGCGGUGACGACGGAUGAGAAGAGGAGUUGUGGAGAUUCUGGAGGGUUUGACUCUUAUGAGCAUAUACUCUUCCCGAGUCCUGACUUAGGGAUUGAGCAUUUGUUGAGUAGAGGGGAGCUUUCUGGAGAGUUCAAUUCGUAUAGACUGACAUAAGAAAAACAAAGAAUGAUGAAAAUCUCUAGUCUCUACUCUUUCUCUUCUCCAUGUUUCUACCAGACUAAGCAAUAUAUUUUGUUGUCUUAAUUAAAAUGACAUUAUUAUGUAUGUGUUUGUGUGACUUUAGCCAGUGUUUUAAAGUAUUACACCAAAAAAGUGUUUUAUAGUAGAUUCUGUGUUUUGCAGAUUGUCA